CGACUAUGUCGAGGCGACGGAAGUGAUGCGUGAAGCGUGCGACACACUGUCAACCUGUGGCUUGCUGCCGGCGCGGUUGCGGGGUGCGCGAGGGAGCGAUGGAGGACCACGAGUUAAUUGAAUACUUCAAGUCUCAGAUGAAAGGCGAUCCUAACAUGGCCUCAGCAGUGGCUGCCAUCCGGACUUUGCUGGAGUUCUUGAAGAGAGACAAAGGAGAGACACUCCAAGGCCUGAGAGCGAAUCUCACCAGUGCCAUAGAAACCCUGUGCGGUGUGGACUCCUCCGUGGCCGUGUCCUCUGGUGGAGAGCUCUUCCUUCGCUUCAUCAGCCUCACCUCCCUGGAGUACUCUGACUACUCCAAGUGUAAGAAGAUCAUGAUUGAGAGAGGGGAGCUUUUCCUCAGGAGAAUAUCCUUGUCAAGGAACAAAAUUGCGGACCUGUGCCAUACCUUCAUCAAAGAUGGGGCGAGAAUUUUGACUCAUGCCUACUCCAGAGUCGUCCUGAGGGUCCUGGAAGAAGCAGUGGCAGCCAAGAAGCGGUUCAGCGUAUAUAUCACGGAGUCUCAGCCUGAUUUAUCCGGGAAGAAAAUGGCCAAAGCCCUCUGCCACCUCAAUGUCCCUGUCACUGUGGUGCUGGAUGCUGCUGUUGGCUACAUCAUGGAGAAAGCAGAUCUUGUCAUAGUUGGUGCUGAAGGAGUGGUUGAGAACGGAGGAAUUAUUAACAAGAUCGGAACCAACCAGAUGGCCGUGUGUGCCAAAGCCCAAAACAAGCCCUUCUAUGUGGUCGCAGAAAGCUUCAAGUUUGUACGGCUCUUUCCGCUCAAUCAGCAGGACGUCCCAGAUAAGUUUAAGUACAAGGCAGACACUCUGAAGUCCAUGCAGACUGGGCAGGACCUCAAAGAGGAACACCCGUGGGUCGACUAUACUUCCCCGUCCUUGAUUACCCUGCUGUUUACGGACCUGGGUGUGCUGACACCAUCUGCUGUAAGUGAUGAACUCAUCAAGCUGUACCUAUGAGCAGUCUACUCCAGCCAGCAGCCAUAACUGAAUGGAACUUCCAGAUGUAUUCGCAAAGGGCUCACACUGGAAAGUGACGCAGUCCUGGAGAACCCUUAACUCAGCUGUCACUUGUGAAACCUGUUCCCAGUUCUAGAACCAAGCUGAAGCAUCCUUCCAGUUCUCAGAAACUCACCGUGUCUGAAAGUACAAGCUAGACUACUGGCUGCAAAGCCGAGGAGGACAGUGUGUGAGUGGGGACCUGCUGCUCAUACCAUACUCCAGGCUGGUGUGCGUCAGUGACAGUGACAGCCACUGAGGACACAUCACGGGGUGCUUUACACACAAGGCAGGAAACACUUGCUGACUGCAUCUGGCUUCAGGGCUCUGUCUCCUCAGCAGAGUCAAGCCAGAUAGGAAAAGUACCAAUGCAGGAGCCACCUUCAUGUGACAUUGCUUACAGAGUGUCUGAACCUAACUUCUGUCUAUACAACGUGAGUUUACUUUAAACAUGUUUAGGUCCCAAGCAGCUUUUGUAAAUUAAACAUGGGAACAAAUCAGGAUCUUUGCAAAUAAAUUAUAUGAAAUAUU